AAUACAAAAACAGGGAAGAAAAUGAAAUCGAUAACAACUGAACAUUUAAAUCCAGAUAAAGCCCUGGUUUACGCACCGGGAAUCCCAGAACCAACAAGCAGAGCUGAGCUGUUGAAAUACUGGCUUAAAUUGUCCCUGGAUGACAAAACUGCCAACAAGAUGUUAUGGAUUUCUGACAGUGGGUCUAAGGUUUGUCGUAGAACUGAGGAAGUUUGUCCUGUUCUGGAUCGACCAGAGAGAUAUGAGUACUCACCACAGGUGGUCUGCAAAGAGAGCGUAUGGAACAUGAGAGCGUACUGGGAGGUGGAAUACUCUGGCUGGGCUGUAAUUGGAGCAACCUACGAAGGAGCGGGAAGGAGAGCAAAUUCUGGGCCAAGUGGUCUCGGAGAAAACGAGGAGUCCUGGGGCAUGUGCUGGUCGGGUUCCUGUUUCCAGAUUUGGUUUAAUGGUUUAAACAAAGACAUCGAAAACUUUCCUUACUGCUCAACAAUUGGAGUUUACAUUGACCAGCCUGCAGGGAUUAUAAAUUUCUAUACUGUAACUGGCCAGGGCGCAGACAGGGAGGUUACGCUAAUGCAUAAAGUGAAGACCUCAAACGACAAGAAGAUUCUCCCUGGUUUCUGGAUGGGAAUUCAGUCUUCGUGCACGUUACUGCCGAAGACCGAAUGAAACAUUAGUCGCUCUAAAUGUCUAUAAUCCGCAAUAUUUUUCUAUUGUAUUUUAAAAAAAAUAACCAAGCUUAUACCUGUGUUGUUCUAUGUAAUGUACGUAUGUUUGUCUUAGCAGCACCAUAUUGGGGAAAUUAAGGUUUGAUGAUGAACUUUGUUUAAGAAGGAUUGAAAUAAAAUAUUUAUUUUAAAUUAAAAUAUCCUCUCAGUUUUGUUUCAUUUCGUUGCAGAUACGCACCAACUGGACCAAAGUCUAGUCUCGUCCACUAUGACAUGUGUCCACAGCGUAUAACCUAUGUGACAGGUCAUAUGUUUUAUUGACCAGGGUGAAUAAA